UAUGCUUAGCAAACAACAUCAUAAUUUAUGGCGUUGGUGACAAUUUGCUUUUUUGUUAACAUUGGAACAUUUGUAUCGUAAGCAACUGCAGCUCCAUCUCCAUAGUGCUUGGCGACGACAUUUGGGAACACAACACUUGUCACAUUUGCAAUUAUUGAUAUAUUCACUUAGUGUUAAAAUCUAAGCCAAGUAAAUUUCGUUGCGCAGCAUGUCUGAUCCCAUAACACCUGAGGAGCUGAUGCGUCUGCGCGAUAAUUGCCUGCAGCAGCUGCGCGACGAUGAGCUUUAUCAGCUGCGCAACGAUGCAAAACUUCGGGCAGUUAACAACACUCAAAGCUUCGACGAGUUCAAGGACAUUGUUGAUGCUGCUCAUCUUCAGCCCAUUAGCAAGCAAGACAAGGCGAAUGCAAGCACCAAGAAUCGUCUGUGGAACUCAGCUGUCCGAGAGUAGCCAUCAUAGCAAUAACUGAUUUGUUCAAUAAAGUGCGAGUUAGUCGUUAAA